CGCGAAGCUAAACAGGAUUGGAUUGUGAUUGGAUUUUGGAUUGUAGUGACAAGCAAGCAGUAAGCAGACAACCUACACGUCAAACAUAGAAACAAAGUUUAGUGUUCAAUUUUUAUUUUCUCUGUCGAUCGGAAGAAUGUGUGAUAAAUAAAAAAAGUGUUAAACUGAAAAUUAGAUCAGUUAAAUGUUAAAUAUAAUUGUGUUUUGCAGUUAUGUGAAAUCCAAUCUAAUAGAAUCUCUUUUGUGAGGUUAUGUUUGGUUAGCUACAUUAACAAAAACAACACUCUUGCUAUGAUUCAACAUGAAACGUCAAAAGAAUUGUUUAGGUAUAUCAAACAAGCUAAUUAAAUUUCUAGAAACACAUGCCUUCUGUUAAAUACAGUGAUUUGGACGUGGAAAUGAAGUCAUUAAGAGACUGGAGGCAAGCUUUACGGACACCCCCAACUUACAGGGUUGGGAAUAGUACCUUAAGGAUACAAACUACCUUUGUUACUGUCAUAGCUUUAUUAGGUUUAAUUAUUUUGUUUAUAUUAUAUACAACAUCCAGAAGGUCCCCAAAGUUUGUAUCAUAUAGUGACCUUUAUAGACAACGUUACAUUGCCCCACCAUUAGAAAGAUAUGAGAAAAUCACACAUCUAGCUGUAGGCGAUGAAUAUUACAAUGCAACAUACCCCUUAACACCUCCAGUCAGCACACCUAGUGGUCUGAAAUAUCGAAUUGGUAUUAUUAGCGAUUUAGAUACAAAUUCCAAAAGCAAACUUGAAUCAAACACUUGGGUGAGCUAUUUAAAAACAGGAUAUUUGAUUUGGCAUCCCAAUACUCAUUCUGUCGCUAUCAUUUGGGAUAGGACAGACCCUGUCACUUUUAAGUCAACUUUUGGACACAGUGGAAGAGGAAUGGAAUUAUCGGAGCUACUAGUUUUUAAUGGAAAGCUAAUUUCGUUUGAUGAUCGUACUGGAUUAAUUUAUGAAAUAAACCUGGAUACUAAUAUGGCAAUUCCUUGGGUACUUCUGAUGGAUGGAAAUGGUUUGACCACUAAAGGCUUCAAAAGCGAGUGGGCAACAGUGAAGGAUCACCGCCUGUACGUGGGCAGUAUGGGCAAGGAGUGGACGACCAGUGGAGGUGAACUCGUCAACAACAAUCCUAUGUGGAUCAAGACCGUCACAAUCUCCGGCCAAGUAUCCCACAUCAACUGGGAGGAACAGUACAAGACACUGCGUCGUGUCAUGGGCGUUGAGUUCCCAGGUUACAUCAUCCACGAGUCUGGGGUGUGGAGUGAUCUGCACCAACGGUGGUUCUUCUUGCCUCGAAGACUCAGUAAAGAGCGUUUCAACGACGAGGCGGAUGAGAGAAUGAGCACCAACAUUCUACUCAGCACAGAUCAGCAUUUCACCAGAGUGCAGGUUACUUACAUCGGAGAAAUCAUCCCGACGCAUGGUUUCUCCAGCUUCAAGUUCCUUCCUGGUACAGAUGACACGAUCAUUGUGGCACUGAAGUCUGAGGAGGAUAGGGGGAAGAGUGCAUCUUACGUGACUGUUUUCCACAUAGAUGGAAAAAUCCUUCUUCCAGAGACGAAAGUUGCUGACCUAAAAUAUGAGGGGAUAGAGUUCAUUUGAAAAAACCUUUGUAAUUCAAUUUAUAUCCAUUGCUCAAUAAGAAGAAGACCAUAGAUUUGUAAAAAUUAAAAUAUAUCUGUUCUUUUAAUGUUAAAUAGUGAGUUCAGUAUUAAUUGCAAUACAGUAUUUAAGUUACUAAGACCUUUAUAACAUUUUCCAAUUUUUAAUCAUUCCUUUUCUUACCUAUCCAUACAGUGUGGAAUUGGAUAACAUUUUUAAUAUUCUUAAUGUUUCUUCAACAUAACUGUUUCAAAACAUUCAGUAUCAAAUUAUCAAAUUAAACUGAUAGUUUUACCUGUUUUACUUUGUUAUAAAUUAUAGAUGUAAGUAAAUUUGUAUAUUUUCUUGUGUUUUUAAUUUUAUCUGUGAUUUCCCAAAUCUUUGAUUACCGUAUUUAUUUUAAGAUCGUAUCCAAAUAGGAAAGUACUUGAACCAGAGUAAUAU